ACGUGGAUGCUUUAGAGGGGCUUGACACCCUGGCCGACCUAGCUAUCUUGGGGGAGGGUGAGUCUCUCCCCACUUCAUCUCAAGUCACCACAAAGCACCCCCGGCAUAGACCUGGCUGCUCAUGUAUCGUAUGUAUUCAACCCCCAAGUGGGAAAGGUCCCAAACACAAGCAGACAUGUACAUGUAAUGUUUGUGAAACAGUGAAGAGACGAUUCCGCACCCUAAUGCUGCGGCGUGAGAAGAAACAGUCACGGAAAGAAGCUGAAACCACUGGCAAGAAGCAGCAAACUCCGUUGCCUGAUAAGAUAGGGGAUGGUGACCUUCCCCCUUGCAAGAAUGCAGAAAAUUGCAGCCCAAAGACGAAAAAGGUUGCCACUGAGGGUUCAGACAAUGAUCCUAACAGAGUAAAAUCUUCAAUUUCACCUUUUAAAGGCCAAAUUGACUUGAAUAUCCAACCUGAGCGAGAAGAAGAGCUUUCACCUGGUUCUGAUUCCGGCAGCAUGAUGAGAUUGCUUCAAGAUGCCACUGACAUAUACCUUAGACAGCACAGCAUGUUGACCUCCAGUAGUAAUAGUAAUUUAGAUGUUACUCAGACACAACCUGGUGGAGGCCUAGGAGAAGUAAAAGAUAGCAGCAGUCUCAAUCUAGGAACUAGUCAUCAACAUGUUGACAGGGAACCUCCAACAAUUUUCUCUACUGAAGUAUCUGCACCCACACCAACCACUGGUUAGAUCAGUGCAUUAUGUUAUGUUGACAAUUAGCAAGUAAUGAACUAUUAUGCCGAUGGCGAUACAGUUUUUGUUUUACACAUCCGCACUGGCAUUAUUCAUUACAGGCUGUACAUAAAAGAAGAGGGGAUAAGAAACUAAUAUCCUCUCUUCAGUGA